CUCGGUCUUCUCACUCCCCGCGCCGCACCUCCAUCUCUGCCAUCCCUAGACUCACUCCCAUCUCCCUCAGUCGGCGUGCCUCACCUCCAUCGCCGGUCGUCUUCUCCGAUUCGCUCGCCCGCCCGCCGCUGGAGUCACGCUCGCCGCUCGAUCCCUGCUUCGCUCGGCCUCUCUGCCUCGCUCCCUGCUUCUCUCCCUCCAUCGCCCGCCGCUGGAGUCACGCCGCGCUCGCUCGCCCGCCAGCAGCAGCGGCAGUGCAGCACACUCCAGUUCGUGCAACUCCAGCCGCCGUCGUUCCAGUUCGGCUCGCCGCACUCCACCGCUAGUUUGUUGAUCUUUUCCUGCCUUCUGAAAUUUAUUGAAGGAAAGGGCUGUGUGUUCACAUAUGAUGCUGUCGGAUCUUACGAACGGGUGGGAUACAGUGCCCAAGGUUCUGGUGCAACUCUUAUCACACCCUUCUUGGACAACCAACUGAAAUCUCCCAGUCCUCUUUUGUUGCCUGCAAAGGACGCAGUGACUCCACUUUCAGAGGUAGAAGCCAUCGACUUGGUCAAAACCUGUUUCGUUUCAGCAACUGAAAGAGAUAUUUACACAGGAGACGAGGUGGAGAUGCUCGUAGUGAACGCUAGUGGUCUCCGUCGUGAGUUCAUGGAUCUCAGGAAAGAUUAGACCCAUUCCCUGUUUCUUGUGCUCCAGCUUUCCCAGAAACCAGAGAUAGAGC